AUGUCCCGUAAGGAAUUGUGGCACCCAAUAAUGGUGGGAAGCGAACUGAUAUUCCUGCUGGCGGGAUCCGGGCUAGGACUGUACUACAGGCGAAUGGCGGAGCGUUGGCACCGCGCCACGCUGGCCGACACGAGGGCCUGCAUCGAGUCCAGGAUUCGCCUCGAGACCGAGCGCGAGCAGCAGGAGCAGCUCCUCCUCAGCGUCAUCCCGGCCUACAUAGCCGCAGAGAUCACUAUAGAUCCCGAGAAUGAUCGAGUGUCUCCGAAAGUAGAUGGAAGUGACCGAAUCGUCUGGUAA